AUGGUUAAAUUUUUGCAAACAGUUGGCCAAAUAGGUCCUAGAAACACCAGAAUAUUGGCAGUUGUAUCAGGUGCUAUAUUAUUCUUUUACGUUUUUGCAUUCCAUUUUGGUGGUGAAUUACCAAAUGUGUCAGCAAAGUCAUACUCCCAAGCAGUCUCACCAAAGGAACAGUUCCUUAAAGAAAUUCAAGAACAACCAUUAUAUAGAUUAACUGGAUUUAAUUUGCAGCCAUCAAAUCCAGGUCGUAUUCCUUACAAUACAACUGUGCUUAAACAAUUACACAAUAAAGUCACCUAUGACCCUAGUGAACCUAUUCCUAAAAAGGUCUGGCAAAUGUGGAAAGUUCCACUUGAACACCCUGAAUUCCCAGCUGAAUACAGAAAGUAUCAUCAAACUUGGCUUGAUAACAGUCCUAAUUACGAACACAUUUUUAGAACUAAUGCCGAGUACGAUAAGUUAGUAAAUGAAUUAUACGCUGAUAUCCCAGAAGUUCUCCAUGCAUACAAUAUCUUACCUCAAACCAUUCUUAAAUGUGAUUUCUCAAGAUACUUGCUUUUAUACUUGUAUGGUGGUAUUUAUUCCGAUUUGGACACCAUUUUAUGGAAACCAAUGGACAUUUGGAUCACUAACCAAACUACAUACUUGAACAGACCUCUUGACCCAGGAAUCAUUGUUGGUAUUGAAAAUGAUGUUGGUGCUAGAAUUAAUAACUGGACUAUUCUUUCCAAGAAGGGACAUCCUAUGAUUGCUGAAAUGAUUAAUCAAAUCACUGAACACACCUUAUGGAGAGAAAAAACCGGUCAAUUAAAUGCUAUUUUCAAGAGUGUUGGUGAUAAUGUUCUUGAUUGGACUGGUCCAGGUAGAUUUACUGACUUGACUUUCAAGUAUUUGAACAAUGUUCUUCAAACUGAUUUUGAUCACUUUGAAACCAUUAUUGACUACAAGUAUUUGGAAAAUAUUAGACUUCCAUUUAUUUUGAGUGACAUUAUGGUCUUGCCAAUCAAUUCCAUGCGUGCUGACCAAAAGCCAGAAGAAGAUCCAUUAGCAUAUAUCAGUCACAAGUUUGCCGGUGUCUGGAAGACCCAACAACAAAAGGAAGAUGACAGAGAAGAUAAGCCAUAA